AUGCCUCUAUCCUCCAACGAACAGACCAACAUGACCGCCGGAGCGCUGGUCGACACGCUGAAAGGCGCGUUCCACACACCACCAGGCUUCAGACCAGCUCAUGCCCGAGGGAUUCUGCUCGACGGCACAUUCACGCCCACCGAGGAGGCCCAAUCCCUCAGCUCUGCACACCACUUCAACGCCCCUUCUACUCCGGUCAUGGUGCGGUUCUCCAACUCGACAGGCCUGCCUCAGAUCCCAGACAAUGCCAACGACGCCAAUCCACGCGGCAUGGCGACACGCUUCGUGCUCCCCGAGAAGGACGGCCGACGCCAACAUACCGACAUCGUGGCGCACUCGACGCCCUUCUUCCCCGUGCGCACCGGCGAGAUGUUUCUGGAGAUGCUGCAGGCCAUCGGGGCCUCGUCUGCGCCGGAUGCCCCCAAACCGGCCCCGAUCGAGGUGUUUCUCGGCAAAACCCCGUCGGCGGCGGCCUUUGUCGGCGCGCCCAAACCUACGCCCGAGAGCUUCGCCACGGAGAAGUACUUCGGCGUGAACGCGUUCAAGCUCGUCGCCUCAGACGGCAAGCCCACCUUCGUGCGCUACCGCAUCACCCCGGACGCUGGAGAAUCGCAUCUGUCCGAGGACGAGGCUAAAGCUAAAGACCCCGCGUUCCUGCACAACGAGAUCCAGACGCGUGUCAUUGACGGUGGCGCCUCGUUCACGCUGUCAGCACAGAUCGCUGAAGAGGGUGACACCACUGACGACGCGACUGUCCAUUGGCCGGAGGACCGCAAGGUCGUCAAGCUGGGCACGAUUAAGGUUGAAUCCGUGACCGACGAGAACGAUGAGAAGCAGCGUACUACUAUCUUCGAUCCCGUCCCUCGUGUCCAAGGCAUUGAGCCUAGUGAUGAUCCGCUGCUCGAUAUGCGUGCGAGCAUUUACCUGAUUUCCGGAAAGCAGAGGAGAGGCGCCGGACCUCACCAUUAG